GAGCCGAGUCCCAGGUUGCUUGUAAACAACGUCAUUCACUGCAGCACACACCACCGACUUCACAAGAGCAACGCAACUCAUCUCAGAACGUCAACUGCGGACGCAACGAAGUUGCUUCGUCGUACGUCAGCGAACAAAUCGUCGUCACAUUUAUUAUCCAAGAGGACGUUCAUCUCAGGCAGACAAGAUGCUUCACUGUUUUCAGUUUAUGGUGGAGCCUGUCAAAAACAUGGCAGGCAAAAUAAAGGCAUUGAACAUGAAAGCAAAGAAGAAGCCUGAAGCCUUGGAGGAUGAGCAGCGAUUUGUUGUGGAACUGGCUAAAGACCUGGGUCGAGUGUGCCAGGGUUCAUUCGUCCUGGAGCACAUCUGGAAACAGGAUGACAUCUGGCCAACAUCUCUCUGCAGGGCCUUCAUUCUGGAAUGGGCUUCUAUGUUGGAGAGCAAGAAGAGGCCCAUGCAGACUGACGGCUGGCCUGAAAUCACCGGCAACAAACAGUGUGAUCUGACUGACCAGCUGGAGGUGCAGAAGGCCAAGUUAGCCCUCCUUGAUUGGGUGAAAGACUGGCAAACUCAGCCAGAGCAAAGCGUUUGGCCUGGGAAAUGUGUGGCAAAGGUUCUGGAAGACUUGAGGUCCGCUUGGCGUUGGGGCCAUGUUCCUAAUCUGCUGCAUGCCAUGGAGCUGGUUUUGUGGACUCUAAUGCUGGGGGAUCCAGAUAAGAAUACCAUACCACAGCAGUGGUUGGUGUGGAAGCAGAAGACAGAUUUUGGCGCUAUAGCCUACAUUCCUCAGCCAGUGUGGGACUGGAUCACAAAGGCUGCAGUGGAGGUGACUCUGAACAAAGAUACAGCCAAUCCCGAUCUUCUCAUCUCCGGUGGUGACAAGAGGAUGCGUUGUGGCUUUGAGAGGCAAGAUAUCCCCAACUACCACGAGCGCUUUGAUGCUUGGUGGUGUGCUGUUGCAGUAGAGGGCUUUCAAGCCGGUCGCCACUACUGGGAGGUGGAGUUAGGUGAGCGAGAUUGGCGGCUGGGCGUGGCCAAAGAGUCUGCCCUAAGGAAAGGGUUCAAAUCCCUCAACACUGGUACAGGUUACCUCACCCUCCGUUUGGAGAGGGGCACUGAGCUUAAAGCGCUGACGGUUCCCUUCACUGCCCUGCCAUCAGGCCUCAUCCCCCAAAAAGUAGGGGUCUACCUUGAUUACGACGCUGGCCAGCUGUCUUUCUAUGAUGUGGACACACAUGUCCACAUUUAUACCUACAACGAGCGCUUUUGUGAGAAGCUCUUCCCACUGUUUGGCACAGUGGAGCUCACCAAUGAUCUGGUGAUAAGGACCCCUGAAGUCAAUGCUCAGUGUCUCUGUGCUACAUCCUGCCUUUGGGGUUGAGGAACUUGUCAACUCUUCCUUCAAAAUCUCCAAUAGAUAGAGUAAUAACUCAUGAAAAUGCGGUUGUGCAAAUAUUAAUCACUGGGAGGAACAUCCAGCUUUUUGAGCUUUCAGAUAGCUUCAUGGUGUAUGGUAUUAUAUUGUUUAUUUGUUUCAGAUGUGCUUACUUAGUUACAUUAAGGAACAUCACAUGGUUACAUUUGCACAAUUCAACAUGUCGGAAAAGGAGUAGGAAGAAGCAUCCACUCUCCCUGCUGCUACUUCGCUUUUUCCCAAAUUAAACCCUCUGCUCACAUAUUCCAUGUAUUUUCAGGUGUUUUAAAGGAGGCCAUAGUAUCUCUAAUGUACUGUCUAAUAUCAACUGUGAAUAAAAUAAAGGAAUGGUU